UCAGCACACACCAGAUAGUGAAACUCCCUUACAAUUGGUCCCUCAAGCUAGAGAGUACCAGGUCUAAGCCGCCCAGACCCCUCCUCUCUCCCACCACCACCCCUGUGGGCGUGACCAAGCCACGCUCCGUCUUUAACUACUUUUCCCGGCUUGCAUUGUAAUUUAACUCUUGGCCACGUCCACCGGCCACGUCGCCCCGCAUUCGCCAUAUUUCUCGGAGGAAUGCGCUGGAAAAGUGUUGGAAAUCGGUGCAAGCACGUUUCAGCCGUCUCGCGUUCGUAACAGCCGAGAGAAAACCGUCGUCUCGAUUUGGCCUCCUGUAGGAACACUGCAAAAAAAAAAAAGCCACAAUGAAUAUCUUUAGGCUGACCGGAGAUCUGUCUCACUUAGCGGCAAUCAUCAUUCUGCUGCUCAAAAUCUGGAAAAGCCGCUCCUGUGCAGGAAUCUCUGGGAAAAGCCAGAUCCUCUUUGCAUUGGUUUUCACAACACGUUAUUUGGAUCUGCUCACCUCCUUCAUUUCUCUCUACAACACAUGCAUGAAGAUCAUCUACGUUGGAUGCGCCUAUGCCACUGUGUACCUAAUCUACAUGAAAUUCAAGGCAACUUAUGAUGGAAACCAUGACACCUUUAGAGUAGAGUUUCUAGUAGUUCCAGUGGGAGGCCUGGCCUUUUUGGUCAACCAUGACUUUUCCCCUUUGGAGAUCCUGUGGACCUUCUCCAUCUACCUGGAGUCAGUGGCCAUCCUGCCUCAGCUCUUCCUGAUCAGUAAGACCGGAGAGGCUGAAACAAUCACCACCCACUAUCUGUUCUGCCUGGGUGUCUACCGUGCCCUCUAUCUCUUCAACUGGAUUUGGAGGUUCUACUUUGAGGGCUUCUUUGACAUGAUUGCCAUUGUGGCUGGGGUGGUCCAGACCAUCUUGUAUUGUGACUUUUUCUACCUUUAUGUCACAAAAGUGCUGAAAGGAAAGAAGUUAAGCUUGCCAGCAUAAGUGCCAAAGAACAGAAGACCUGUGUCACCAUUCAGACUCAUAUGGGGGGCACGGGCCAGCAAUGCCACAGCAAGAGGCCGAAGACAGAAAGCGCAUGUGAAACUGCAGCUAUUUGUGAAAAUGUCAUCUGGAUAGAAAAAAACGACAGCACAAUGACUGCAAUGAGGACUUCUCGUGGAUUUGGCAAUGGAAAUUUUUGUUUUCAGCAUCUUGCAAUACCUUUUUAGUGCUGUU